AAAACGCGACUGUAGUCAAGAUCAGUUUGAAGAGGAACCCCAAAAUUUCCCUCUCUUUGAAUUCUCUAUCUAUAAUCACCAAAACGAUUCUCGGCUCUGCGCAGUUGUGGCCGCGAAUGAGGAGAAAAUAGAUGCUGACUGGGGAGCAGUCGAGCAAUCUGCCGGUCGGAUUAUUCCCAAGAAGAUCAAUUUUUCAGUAAAUCUCAAUGAACUGUGUGAAAUAAAAUACCGCAAGUCUGAAAAGUGAUUUUUUGAAAAGAAAUUCAUCGAAAUUUAAAGUGAUCUUGACCCUCAAAUUAACAGUGGUACAUCUUAACUAAGAGAUGAGAGUGACGUGAUAAUUGAUCUGGUGGCGAUCUAUUUGCUCACACUGUUGAUCUUAGUUGGUAAUUCUGUGAAGUCACACAUAUUCCCUCCCAAACAUUGCUCUUUGUCUUCCAAGAUGUUCAGUCAUGUUGCAAUUUAUAGAGGAGUAACCAUGUCGAAGGAAGAAAGUACCAAGGAAGCCUCAAAAGACGCGCCAACAGUAGAAAUGGCGGCAAUGGCACUUGAGGAGAAUGGAAAGAAUGGAAGUGCUCCAACGGGUGGCACUACCUUCAAGGAAGCCUUCAAGGCCUUCUCCAAGUUCGGAGACACCAAGAGCGAUGGGAAGCACAUCACACUGUCCCAGAGUGACAAGUGGAUGAAGCAGGCAAAGGUGAUUGACAAGAAGAUCACAACCACGGACACUGCCAUCCACUUCAAGAAGCUCAAGAGUCUCAAAGUCGGCCUCGAGGACUACAACAAGUUCCUAGACGAUCUGGCCAAGACGAAAGGGGUCAGUGUGGAGGAGAUUAAAGGAAAGAUGAGCAAUUGUGGUCAGCCAGGGGUAGCACAACUUACGGCUGGAAAAGCAGCUGCAACUGUAAAUCGCCUCACGGACGUCUCAAAAUACACAGGAUCCCAUCGGGAACGUUUCGAUGAGUCCGGAAAGGGCAAAGGAAUCGCCGGGAGGAAGGAUCUACCAGAUAAAUCGGGAUAUGUGACUGGAUAUCAGCACAAAGACUCCUACAACAAGACCCAUUGAAGCUCUUAUGGCUAAACCUGGGUGGCCCCAAAUUGAACCUCGAGUGACGGGAAUGUGUUCAUGAGACCCCCAAAGUUAUCUGCCAGGGAGUCAUUCUGAUCACUCGGGAAGAAAAAGAAGAUCCCCAGAGAAAAAAAAUGAUGCACAGAAAAAAGUGGACUCAAAAAUGCUUAUCGAGUAGAAUUAUCUUCUUGUUCUUUGAUAAAUGUGAUGAUUUCUUGGCAUUUUAGGCUUGAUAUUUAUGCAUUUGAUGACUCUCAGACUCCGUCAAAACAUCCCUCAUUCGUAGAUUUGUACUUUUUUUCCGAGAUCCACACAAGUACAAAAUUCCGACAAAAUCAAAUGAUAAAAAAAUUAUUUCUCAAAUGAUAAAAAAAAUAUCUUCCUUCAUUUAUCGUUGAGUUUAUGUUUGAAAAAUAUGGUUAAAAACAAUACGUAUCAGUGUAUGUUGAUUUCCCACAUAUUAUUGUCCAUGGUUGGGCCAUAUAGUUAUAAGAAUAUUUAUUAAUUUUUCAUUCUCUGUACUUUUUUCUUAAGAAAUAAAAGUAUCUCCGUUUUGGAUGAAGUAAUAACCGUUAAA